UUCGUUCACAAGUGUCACUGGCCUGCAUUGUAUAAUAGUGCCAAUUCCUAGGCUCAGAGAUGGGAGCUGCAUAUUGGUGGGGGACCUGCUAAAUGUGUUAUGCAAUUCACAGCAUGUGGUGCGCUGCAGAGCAGGCAUAAAUACAGACGCAGAGUGCAGCUUGACAAACAGAAAGACACAUAGCUACAAGCAGCAGCAGCAUCACUACUGCACGGGAGCACCAAACCAGACUUUGCACACAGCAGACUCCUCUUGGCUUACAUUCUGCACUGGGAGCAAGGCUUACAGCAGCUCAAGACGUCAGUGGCCUCUCACCCAACCUAUUCUCACCGCAAGGCUUCGAGCAAUCCGUCAUCACCAUGUCCCCGCUCACAAGCACACUGCUCAAGGAGUCUGUCAAAGCCCUACGACUAGUCGUCAACUCUCCGGGCAAUGCAAAAAUGUUCAGCGCUGCCAUGCUGGCCGCGAGCAUCGCGUUGCCGCGUGUGUCGAUCGCCGAGGAGAAACUGCUUGAGAUGGCGCGACGGCAACUAUCGGAUGCGUCUACGUCGUCGAGCAAGGGCUUCACGUCGUACGAGUCGAAAAUAAUGGCCGUCAUAGUUCUGCACCAGCUCAACAUCUCACUGCAGCGAUUACGCACGGAAGCUCCAGCGCACUUCUGCACGUACAUCCUGGAGAGGCCGCUGAUUUGAAAUAGACCACAGCAAGCCCAGUCGCUCGAUGUUGUAGCACGAGCAACAUUCACCAAUCAGAAGUGCAACAUAUAGUAUUUGUAAAGUUUUUUGGGUGGUGAUUGACAUGUGUAUGCUAUACUAGCACUUACAAAUAGUGAAAACGAUCAGUUGUUUAUACCAGAUUCUACUGAAUGUUCAUGUACAAAUCUAUGUAUAGCUUGCCUAUAUCUUGAAAUUGAGUUGAACA